UCAACUGAAACAGCGAAGGAAUCCGAAUGUGCGGUGGCAUCGUGUUCGAUAUCGAGCGAUGCGGUAAUAACACAAAUCCCAGAUAAUGAUGAAGGAAUACGGCUGCAAGGCAUUUCAUUCUUUUAUGACCCGAAUGAACCGACGGCCAAUUUUGAUCAGAGGACUCCAAUCGAUUUCAGUGCUACUGACUUGGAAGAUUGUUAGUUCUAAUGGCGUUUUUUUCUUCCAUCUCUAUUUCAAAUUUGACUUGGCGGUGGUUUGUGAAUAUCCAUUUUCGCAGUAUUUCAACUGA